ACGCCCAGAUCCUCAAGGGAAGAAGAUUCCCUUCAACAAUCCCUAGCUCAUUCUCAGUUCAGAGCUCGAGCCCUCUGCACGCACAGUUUGAUCACUUGGUGCUUUCCUGAAAUUGUGUCAACUUGCAUUUCCCAGUCUUAAUUUUCGACGAGGGGCAGCUCCCAAGGAGGAAAAAUGGAACGACUUCCCACCACUUCAAUUAGUAAUUCAAAGCCUGAACAAUCCAAUUCCAAAUUCAAACUCGCCCCUGGAGAACAACUAAUUGUUUGUCCGUACGACAUGUCGCAUCAAGUCACGAAUCUUCGAUUGGCUAUCCAUCUUAAAAAAUGUCGUCACAAUUACGAAAACAAGAUGCGAGAUAGUGGCGAGGCGCUGCAAAUUGUGGCUUGCAAAUUCAACUGGGGACAUCACGUUCCGCUGCCGGAAUUAUUCCAUCACGAGCGAGUCUGUCCUGACCGGUAUUCAGUGAUUACACACAUCAUGGAAUUUUCUAAUUCGUAUCCUGCACCGCUGCCCUCGCACUUGCGACAGUUUUCGUCCGUAAUAUACCGAAGUCGUGGCGUCCCCCGUGAGGAUUUGGAAACCUUGUCACCCGCCGCAGCCUGCCCGGAUGAAAAUCAGAGCGAAGCAUCUUCCGCUAUAUGGCCACCAUCGGUAGCCUCGAAGGACUCCAAUAGUCGAUCAUCGAAAGCUUCCACGAAUGACCUGAUCCCAGCGUGGGCGAAGACGAUUAAGAAGAGGGAGCUCUUUGCCCCCAUCACACGCUCUCUGAAGUCAUUCCCAACUGGGAAAUCGAUCGUGGUCAAGGCAAAGACUGGAGACGGUGUCUGCAAUGUUUUGAACGUCGUGGAUAUUGACGCCGCCUUCAAAACGACGAUUUCCUCCGGGCCGUCUGUGCUAGGCGAUAAGAGCAAUGGUGCUUUGAAGAAAUCCCAGUUAUUGGGGGAUAUGGGUUCCAUUUGCUCAAGUAAUUACUCCACACUCACCGGAAGUAGGUGCAGUUCCAUAUCAACCCGGAUCUCCAGCACGCAGAAGGAGCGUCAGGAAAGGGUGAGGGCGAGAGCUUAUGACGAAAAGGGCCAAGAUCAGAGAGACUACGCCUGGGAAUUUGAACCCCCCGUCACCCCGUUCAACCUCGCAACCAGGUUUGAAAAUGGGUUAUCGCUCAAAUAUCCCAUGGGCCUCAACAAGUCGGAGCGGAAAGCCUGGAGGAAUGAGAAUGUCCAAAAGGUGCGCACCUUGCACGGAGGAAGUUUGCUUAACGUCGUACCGGCGCCAUGUCCCGACCCUGUGGCGAAUCAAGGUUACCUUCUCAACUACAAUAAUUCCCUUUUCGGCAGUGACACGUCGGACACGUCGUCCUCCUUGGACAUGAGCGAGGCGACUUGGGAAGACGAGGACUGGAAGACUUCGGAGAUGAGCGACACGGAGACCGACGAAUUGGAUACCUGCGACAUGAAGGACAUGGGCGAUUUCGCAUAUUAUUUUAAGUAAAAGGUAGAUAUUCUGAUUCAAUAGAGUGACUUGUUGUAGAAAUGAAUUGUUUGUUCCACUCUUGAUUUUAUGACGAAUACGAACAAUGACAAUAAAUUAUGGAUUUUCGUUACUAUUCUAAUAUCCGAGUUAUA